CGUCCAACCCCACCCGGGUCACUCUGCGCUCUGCUCCUCGUCUCUUUGCCAUUGAUGCUGCCACGCCACCACGACCUUGUCCUCCUCUUGCGCCCCCUCACGCCUCUCUCCUCCUCGCCUCAAAAGGCUCCCCAAAAGAGUCUUUUUUUGAGUGUUGAGAGUCAAGUAGGGACUAGGGACUAGGGAGUAGUUGGGCUUGGAACUGAGUGAGCGAGAAUUGACUGCCGAGGAGUGAGUGAGUGAGUAGCUCUGUGCAUCUCUGCUGUUCGUCAUGGAGUCCUUCAGCUUCCUCAAGUACUUGCGCGGUGGCCCGGUCGGUGGCAACCAGCGCGCGCCCGUGGCCGCCACGACCAUAGCCGCGACGGUGUGUGAGGACGGUGGAGGGGGAGGAGGUGGCAGUGGGGACGUCGACGACGACGCCUCCUUCUUCGACCUGGAGUUUGCGGUGCCCGGCGACGAGAGCGCGGCGUCCGACGCGGAGGAGGAGAGGGUCGAGUUCAACUUCGCCGUCGCCGGCGACGACGUCGCAUCUGGCGGGGGCGAGGUGGUGGCCGUCGACGCGGUGGCGCCGACGGGCGGAGAGUCCGGCGACGGGAAGGACGACGCAGAGCUGUCGGCCGAGGUUGCGCCGGUGCCGGCGUCGACGUCGUUGCUCCGGCCGGCGACCAAGUUCCGCGUGCUGCUGCUGAAGCUGAGGAAGCCGAAGGUCCCCGUCCCGGGCGAGAGCAACGGAGGCGUUGGCGGCGCACCGGCGGCUAAGCAGGCGAACCGGUUCUUGAUAAAGUUCCGGGUGGACGACGCGCCCCUCGUCUCGCUUUUCACGCGCGACAACAGCUCUCGCACCUCCGACGCCGGCGCCGGCGCGGACAGGCCGGCGGCGGUCCAGGCAGCGCAGCCCCAGGAUGCGGCGGCGGCGGCUGCGAUCACCGCUGAGGAACGGCGCUUCGCGAAGGAGGUGCUCCUCAAGUACCUGAACAAAAUCAAGCCGCUCUACGUCAAAGUCUCCCGCCGCUACGGUGAGCGCCUCCGCUUCGCCGGCGCCAGCGAGGGCGAGGAGACGGACGCCGAGCCGGACCCCGCGCCGUCGCCCGCCCCAUCCCCCUCCCCGUCCCAGCUUCCGUCCGCAGCGGCCCCGGCGCCGCAGCCAGUCGUCGUGGCAUGCGGCGUGCGUGCGCCGCGCGCCAGCGUCCCGGCCGGGCUGAAGCAGGUCUGCAAGCGCCUGGGCAAGAGCCGCUCCGCGUCCUCCGCCGUGGCCGCCGCGCCCUCGCCGCCUCCCUCGGCCACUCCGCAGCCGCAGCGCCGGGACGACUCACUGCUGCUGCUGCAGGACGGCAUCCAGAGCGCCAUCGCCCACUGCAAGCGCUCCUUCAACGCCUCCAAAGGGUCCGAGUCGCCGCUGCUCCUGCGGCCCAUGACGAUUAGCGACCCGAGGGACGGCAGGGCGGCCGACACCAAUGACAGCGGCGACGGCGCGUGAGGCGGGGCCGUCCGAUCCGCUGAUACAAAGACGAGCUGUGAUCGCCGUAGUCAAGUAGUAUUAAGGUAGAUGCUACUAGUGUUAUUAGCCUCAUGAUGAAAGCGUGCAUGUGUGCUCUCUUCCUUGUCUUAUCGUGGCCCAAAAGAUUUGUUUUUUGGGCCACGAUGAACUUCUGGGUUGUGCCUACCUGCAUGCUCUCACCGUCUAGUUGGAUGAUAAUUUGGUGCCGUAGUAGCAGCACCAUCUCCCAUGUGAAGUCGCUUCCUUCCUACUACUAGUAAAUUGAUCCUCCUCUGUGUCCCU